AUGAUCGCUGCAAAGUGCAGCCCCGAGCAAGAGCUGCCUUAUGAGGUGUUGGAAGAGGAUAACAUUAUAUAUAUACAGAACAAUGGUGCAGAAUACCGUGCGUACAUCAUGCACGCACUCAUCUCAGAUGCCCUUCGCUCGCUUGGGAACGUGCCAGAACGAAAGGAUAAAACUAAACGCGCGCUUUGGGGUAUAUUAGGCGCGAUUCGUACGCACGAGACUGCGCUCCGCAGGUGUGAACAGGACGACUCCGUUCGGCGUGCUAAGGUAGAAGAUGCAAAUAAAGGUCUGGAUGCUGCGCGCGAAAAUACGAAGCGCGCAGCGCUUCAAGUCCAGCUUGCAAAAGAGCGCGAACGGGCAUUCGAAAAAGAGCGCGACAUGCUUGAGCGUGAGCACGUCGAUUUUAUCGGACUUAAGCAGGGUCUGCAGCGCUUGGGCGAUGAUAUGUUUCCCGAUACAGUGCUGGGACUUUUUCCUGGCCUGGAUGCGCUGGUUUUCGAGCUGAAACUCCAGCGCGCAACAAAAAAUCUACUCCCGAGUGAGAUUAACCGGGAAAAACGUGCCCGAGUCCCGCUAAAGCGCGCCGAAACACACGUUCGCUUCUGUCUGGAUCAAUUGCGCAAAGCGCUACAGAAAGGAAUGGAUAUUGGCGUCCCGAAGAAUACCUUGCACCAUCAACAAUUGUUUUCUGGCGAUAUGCUCACCACCGUGAAAGCAGUUACGCCACUCAUGCUUCGCACCAAAGCGUCCUUGGGUGACUUUUUCACCCAGAUCGCUAUUGCUCGAGGACGACAACCGAUGAUUUACCUGCCCCCCCGCUUCCAAGUCCUGGAUUUGUCGCUCAUGCCGAAUCAGACCCACGAGCGAAUCGUGAAUGAAAUGGGUUUAUAUAAUUCGCUUGAGGCAUCAUACGGCGAAUGCCAACACUGCUUCCAGUAUACCAAGGCAGAAAUUUGCAUUUCCUUUGAGCGCGAAAAGGCGCUCAUCGAGCACCAGAAGCAUAUGGACGCGCUCAUUGACGAGGCGGAAUACGACAUGCGCGGCGCACAGAACUGUGUAGUAGAAGUGCUCCGAGCAGGCCAAAGUGUUCAAGCCGCAAACGACCAACUGAACAAGCAGUUUGGAAAUCUUAUCGCAAAACACAAAUACGAGGACGAGCAUGCGGAAGAAGCGGCACAGGAAGACGCAAAUUACGAACCAAUCCCCAAUGCUAUAAUGCCUCCAGACAGUGCACAGGGUGGAGAUAUACCGUUUGCUAUAUACAGGGAAGUGUUUAAGGAAAAUUUGCGCCCUGAUACCGCAUCGGUGGCCACCAGCAAUACGCUCGUGCCUGGCGACGCAAACAGCGACGCAGCGAGUACAUGGACUGGCACAACAGCCACACCGAGCUUGAGCAUUUCUGUGAAUCUGAUGAAAGCUACUUUAAAUCGGCUCCAUGCACUCCUUGCGGAGGUAGAGCAGCGCACAAGAUGGGUCGACGACGAGGAAGAUUUGCCGUGGCACAACCUCGCGCUGGGCUUCUAA